UAUUAAAAAAAGAGGUUCACGAGUUUUAGCAUAAUCAUCCAUAAAAGACUUGCUUUAGUUCCUAAAUUAAAUCUUGUAAACAAGCCUUCACUACUAUCGUAAAAACGCUGAAGAAAAAAUAGAAUAAAAAAAUAAAUAGAUAAAGCUUGUUUUGUAGCUUGAAAUGGAGCAUCGUAACACGCAGAAAGCAUUUUUAGUUGAUCGUAAACAAAAAAAAGUUUGUCACGUAACCAACACUUGCGCAAAGACCAUUUUUAAAAAAGAUAGCGAACUAAAUAAUGACAGAUGUCUAAAUGUGAAGGGAAAGUUUGGACCUUUUCAGUUUUACUUUAAUCCGUUAACUACUUGUUUAUCGGCAGUUGUAAUUUGGGCAUUUGUUGUUUGGUGCAUUUAUAAUCCAAUCGAGUCAUAUAACGAGAUAUCGAAAUGGAAAAUUUGGAUUACUCAUAAAUGGACAUGGCUUUAUAUUGGCACGCGCGAUGUUUGGGCAUUGUUUAUCAUAGUCAUUUACUUUUCAAAAUAUUCGUCAAUAAAAUUAGGAAAAGACGAUGAAAAACCAGAGUUUUCAGAUGCGUCUUACUUUACAAUGCUAUUUUCUGCUGGAAUUGGAGUUGGUCUUUUUUACUUUGGAGUUGCUGAACCUGUCUACCAUUAUGCACCAGGUCGUGAUCGUAACAGAUAUUGGGGAAGAUACAACGAUAAUCAGAGAGCGCAAGAUGCAAUAAACUUGUCUUUUUUUCAUUGGGGAAUUCAUGGAUGGAUUGUCUAUGUACUUAUUGGCUUGCUACUUGGUGUACUUUCUCAUAGAAGAGGUUUACCAAUGACAAUGAGAUCUUGUUUUUAUCCGUUACUUGGAGACAAAGUGUUUGGUUUAUUUGGAGAUUUUAUUGAUACAAUGUCAAUCAUUUGUACAAUGCUUGGAGUUUGUACUAGUCUUGGUUUAGGGGUCAUUCAAUUGAACAGUGGUCUUAGUCGAUUGCAUAAAAGUAUUGAGGAAUCAGUGUCUAAUCAGAUUAUUAUAAUAUGGUGUGUGACCAUAGUAACAACAGCUUCAGUUAUAAGCGGAGUUAAGUUUGGAAUAAAGUGGCUAUCUGAAAUAUGUUUUAUGGUUGGAACAGUUUUGUUACUGGUGGUUUUCUUUUCUGAUGACACCUGGUUUUUACUUAAUUUAUUUGUCCAAUCUUGUGGUUACUAUGCUCAAAAUUUUAUUGAGGUUGGUUUCCAUACUGAUGCCUUUGAAAUGAAAGGUGAUGCUCCAGACGGUAAACAAGCUCCUGGAUGGAUGGACGCGUGGACUCUCUUUUACUGGGGUUGGUGGGUCAGCUGGUCUCCUUUUGUUGGAAUGUUUUUUGCAAAAAUUAGUCGUGGAAGAACCAUCAAAGAAUUUAUAACGUACACUCUCACAGUACCAAUUUUUUACACAUUUCUUUGGUUAACCGUAUUCGGCGGAGCAGGGUUAGCUAUGGAGCGGAAAGCUGAGGUUCUCAACAUAUCCUGUGAAAUGUAUAACACAUCCCUCUUUCCAAACUAUGGCCCUAAAUACAUUAAAGAAACGUUUGGUGUCCAUCGAUUAUCUUGCCGUCUUUCUACAGAUAUGUGGUUUGAUGUAAUUGAACAAUAUGGAGAAAUUGGAUCAGCACUUCAUGUGCUUUCGAUUGUUGGUCUUAUUUUGUACUUCAUCACAUCUUCAGAUAGUGGAUCUUUAGUUAUUGAUUGCCUUUCAGCAAAUGGAAACCCAGAUCCUCCUAUACUCCAGAGAGUUUUUUGGUCAUUUACAGAGGGUGCAACAGCAACAGCUUUGCUUAAAGCAGGCGGUAAAAACGCAUUAGUUGCAUUGCAAACAGCAUCUGUAUGCGCAGGAUUGCCAUAUACAUUUAUCUUAAACUUUGCGUGCGUGUCUUUGUGGCGAAUUUUAAAAAUUGAAGCAGGUGAUUUAGAUGAAGAAGCAGGAAAAUGGCGCGUUGGACUAUUUGAAUGUUUUACAACAAAACUGCGGUUUAAAAAUACUCUUCUCACUACGAUUGCGCCAUGGUAUCUUCUUGCAGAAACAGCUACAAAGAUUGAAGCCAAAAAAAAAGCAUACUUUACAGCUUACAGCAUAUUUUACGCAUUUUUGUUUUAUGGCUGGAUAACACUUAUGGUUUGCGAAACAAUAGUUGAUGGAAUAUCAUAUGUGGGUUGGGUAAUACUUGUCAUUUUUUUUGGUUAUGCGUGUCGGGUGAGGGGAUCUGUCAGAGAAAAAUACAAACUACAAGGAAAUAUAGUAGAAGAUUUUUUUAGUUUAUGCUUACUCUAUCCGUGUGCAAUACUACAGAUACACGAACAAGUCGAUUACGAGUUGAAAACGAAUUUAUUUACGGGAUUAGAGCAAUGCAUUACUCAAAAGCAAAUCAGUGUGAACCAAAAUACUCAAUCUGACGUGUAAAUUGUUUUAAUAAUGAUAGAAUAUAUAAUCCGUACAAAAGUUGAUCAAAA